AUGCCAGCGCCUAUAUCCGUUGGUGCAAAUGUGACCACAACUGCAGCUGCGAUCACAAAGUGAGUUUCCGUCAAAAAUUCUUUUAAAUAAAAAGUAAUGAUUCUAUAGCCCAGAAAGGAAGAUAUUUAAUUACGCUACUCGAUUCGGAAUCGAAGAAGGAGUUAAUAUUUAUCUCUAGAGUAACCUGUAAACUUUUAUCUGAUAUCAGAACUUUUUGUUGUCGUUCAAUUUUAAUUCAUUAUGAUUUUGAAGAGCGGCUUCUACAACGAUGGCUUCUGUUGCCAACAAAAUUUUAACAACGGUAUGAAUUAUACUUUUCAAAAAUUUCAACUUACUUUUUCCAGUUGAGCUCUAAUGACACAGAAACGACCACGUCAACAACUUUGACGCCUUCAACGAGUUCAACGACGACCACCACCUCGUUGCCUCAUACGACUACAGGUAGUAAAAGUUCGAAUUUCAAUAGAAAAAGACUUGAUUUCAGUGGAUUCUCCGGAUCCGGAGAGCGUGGCGCUCGGAGUAGUUUUCAUCUCUCUGAUCAUAUUCGUUGUCGCGGCUGCGCUCGUCGCCAAAAUUGUCUUCAGCCACAAGAAAAAGUGAGUUGAGUAGAACUUUUAUAAAAGGGAAUAUUAGAAAAAUUAAAAAAAGGAGGUCUAGAGUUUUCAAAAGAAUUGGCCCAAAUUCUAUCAAUGAUUCGUUUUUUCAGUAAAUCAUGUUUCAUUCAAGUUCUUUCGGGUAAUAUUAAUUUGAAAGAUGUGUUUUUUUGAAAGAUUGCUAAACCAUUUUUGAUUUGAAUUUUUUUGAAUUUUGAAUACUUUUUUUAUGAAGUCUUUUUCAGUACAAUAUCGAUAAGAGUGGGUUGUCAGUUUUCUCCUUUCUCGAGAAAAAUACCUGAUAAAAAAAUUAUUAUAUUUAAAAAAACAGAACUUUAUCCAUGUAAAAUGACUAACUUUCACACUACAACGCUUUCAAGAUUUUUUAAAAAGGGUUUGCCGCCAUCACCAUUGGUUUUUUUUUGGCAAAUUACGUAUUCGGAAAAAAGAAAAUAACAAAUCCGUUUUCAAUUGAAGAAGAGCGGAACUGAUCGGCGGAAGUGCUCGCUGGAGACUUUCUGCUUCUCGUCAGAGCGCGGCAAGUGCGUCUGCUGCGUCGAACCAGACGACGGCCUCGUACCUCCCGAUGGGCGCCCGCAACGGAUCCGCAGACGCCGCCCACGCCCAGCCGCUGACCAACGGUCUGGACAAUCCUGGACCAGAUCGUCUCGACUGGGAGCGACAGUUCUUCGACGACACCGAGGCCACCGUUUGUUUUCCCUUCCUUCAUUCGAACCAUAUUUCAAAUUAUGGCUAAAAAGGCUUUCAUUCAGAUAAACGUCGAAAUUUGAACAUUGAAAGCUUGGUAUGUAGUUGGAGUGUUGUUGAAUGGUCGUCUUGUGAAUAUUUUUCUAUUCUGGAUUUUUCAAUGUAAUAGUUUUGAAAUCAUUUUCAAAAUUUCGAACGUAAAAAGAGUUAAGAAUCGAAGUUAUGGUUUUGCAGGUUGCACCAGCUCGCCGAAACCUCUAUGACUACUAG